AUGACAGCCGCACAGGAGACUGUCGAGUACGAAAGACAGAUGACACGCAGGUGGAGGGACGGUGAUGUCUAUGCCCCUCACGACCUGAGCGGUGUCGAGAUGGCCAAGUGGAGCAAAGGUCAACCAAAGGGCAGGCCAAAGAAGGACGUCUUUGACAUGUUGAAGAUCAAUCCUCUGAACCAUUAUUGGAACUUUGCCAUGAUGUCCGAGUUCAUGACCGAGCUGGGCAAGAUCAAGCACUCCAAGGACACAGGAUUGAGACCGGUCAACCAAAGGAAGGUGGCCAAGGCUGUCAGAAGAGCAAUUGGCCUUGGUCUGAUGCCCAGUGUGCACAGGCAUCCUGAGAUCCUACAACCGAGAAACUCUCUGGGUCGAUAG